GCGUGGGGUGGGGUCGGUGGUCCAUGAGCAGUUGUCCAGCUUCGAUUGGUUGGCAAAAAUCCGAAUCUUCACAGCGACCCAAAAAAAAAAAAAAAACUAGGCACGCCGUCCCUGUUCGAGAUUCAAAUUUCGAAUGACGUCACUUGGGUGGGGACGGUUCGUCGUGGUGCUGUGGCGGCUGGUGGAGGACAUCGUAAAGGAGGCUCCUUCCACAACGUGUCGGGGGGGGUCGGCGUGGGUGCUGACUGCGGCCAGGCAAGGAAGACGUCGGUGGAGAAGACGUAAUCACAGCAGUCGCUCGAGGGGGGGGGGGGGGGGGGGGGAGAUUGCAUCGGCCGUCGUCAGGGGAGGAGUUGCCGUCACGCCAGUUGUCGGGAGAGGAGACGCCAUCGUCGCAGUCAUCGGGGCGACUGACAACGGCGGAGGGGACGACAGUGGCAGCGGCGGUUACUGCAGUCCUCUUUCGUUGUUAGAUGGAGAGGACGGCGGGGGGGAGAAUGAAAGCGCGGAUCCGUCCGAGGAGGAGGAAGGUCAAGCAGUGCACAGCACUGGAAGGCCUUGGGUUGGACACCUCCGCCAUCUGCGAUGCCGUCAAUCACGUGUGCUGCGCCUUGGGUUGCAGAGCUCUUCCCAGAGCAACGUCGAGAUGGUGGAUGAAAAGGAGGACGGGUGGACGUGCGAGGAUCUGCGGCAAUGCGACGACGCGAUGGAGGACUACUUUCGGGACAAGCUGCGCAUGUCGCCACGUGUCUUCCGGGAGAUUGUGGAAGCUCUCUUGCCGUUGCUGCAGCGCCGUGUGACAUUCUACAGGGAGCCGCUGCAGCCAGAUCAGAUCGUCCCGUACGUGUUGUACAGGUGGGCGUCGGGGGAGACGUACGAGAGCAGCACAUGUAACUUUGGUAUCAGCAGAGCAUCAGGUUUGGUGGUUGUGAGGGACGUCGUCGUCGAACUGGACUUGCGUGUGCUGGAUGUCUUUGUCGGCUAUCCUGGGAGCUGCCCCGAUGUCAGUAUUCACCUGUCUAGUUUAUGGGCGCGUGCAGAGGCUGGCGAACUUUUCACAGGACCGCCUGUGAUGCUGCCAUUCGGCGUCCCAACAAACGGCUUCCUGCUGGGCAACAAUGGUUACCCACCAUCGGAAUGGAUAGUCGUUCCUUACGGCACCACUACUCGUCACCCGUCGAAGACGCGAUUUGACAAUCAGAAGACCGCGAGGGGGGCAGUUGAGAGGGCUUUCGACAGACUGAAGGGGAUGUGGAGGUUGUUCCUGCAGUCGCACAAGACGAACAUGGAGACGUUGCCGCAACAGUUUGUGGUUGUGUGCAUUUUCCACAACCUGCUCAUCGAGGCCGACAUCCCAUUUGAUGACAAUCUGUUGUGGGAGGUGGAUGCGAACGGAGUGCGUCGUCGUGAGGAUCUUUGGAAUCCAGUGUCCCUUGAGGCCGUCGUGCAUGGAGAGCUUGAUGCGGGGUCAGUGCCGAACCAUUCCAGCUUUUUUGCGGCCAUCGAUGAUGGAAAAGUGGCGUCAUGGGUGAACGUGAUCCCACAGUCGGCCCAGUUUGGGAUGCACAGAGGUGGAUCCGCCAAUGUCAUGGCGAGUUUCCCCAUCCUCUCCGUCACGACGGUGGCUGCCUGAAGGAUAUGGCGACGAGCAUCGAAACACCGAUGCAUGGCCGCCACACUUUGUGGUGAGCCGCACGAACAACAACACAUCGAAAUGGGAACACAGAUUGUCCCACUCAUCUUCAUGACCUUACGCUACUGCUCCCACAGCUGCAACCACCCUUCAACAAGUCCACCAACCUGAGAGCCGCCAGACAUGCCCCGCCCCACAGCAAUACCCUCAGCAACAUCUCGCCCAAUAAAACUCAUGACGACCAUUUCACCGAUUUAUUCACGGAAAGGUAUUUUUCUCUGUGGCUCCCCAAAACACCCUAUUGCUUCRUUAGAACAACAAAACAUCAUAUCUACAAUGAAGAGGACAUUUCUGCAGAUCACCAUCCACUCUAUGCAUCAUCUCUGCAGUCAAAGGGGAGGGUGAGGGACUGCUCGUGCUCCUGUUCUCAACAUCUACAAAAUCCCCACAUACAAAAGCAAGCGCUUCUGGUGGAAGUCUAUCCCAUCCAGAACSCCACGCUUUUGCACAGCCUGUCCGUACAAAACCCAGAGCCCAACCUCCCCCCCACAUAUCCUAUAAAACCUAUUCCUAUCCAAUCAAUCUGUCCAGCUGUG